ACUUCUUCAGCAGGAGGGGUACGCCGACGAUGGUCGCUGCCGCAAACUCCUCUUCGUCCGAGAUGCUGAAACAACCCACACUUUCGGUCUCGAGCCGAACCUCAAAGCACAGGCUCUCGGCAUCGGCAGAGGUCGUUGCCAACAUCAUGCAGUCUCUUAGUAUCAGGUCUUCGGCCGUCAAUGGUAAUGUUCUAACUAAGCCAACAAUCAAGACGGGAUCACAACCUCCGACGUCCACACCUUUCAAUGAAUCCAAGUCUCUGCAACUUACUGCUGACAACAGUGCUGGAAACAAGCAGCCAGCCCUCGAAGUCCUCAAGCCAGCUACCUGCACGGGCAGCAGCUUCUACGCCAAGGAGAUGGCGUUGCUAGCCACCCACGUGCAGACUGGAUUGCAAGCUCGAGUCGCUCCCAUUCCCAUCGACGACUGCACAGGCGGGGUCUACUACUUGCGAACGAAGAAUCGUCGUCUGACGGGAGUGUUCAAUCCUGCCGAUGAAGAAGCGUAUGCACCAAACAAUCCGAAACAAUACAACAAACCAGAGGCUUCUAGUGUAUUCAGCAUGCGCGAGGGGAUCUCAGCUGGAGAUUCCGCUGUGCGAGAGGUUGUAGCGUAUCUACUGGAUCACCAGCACUUCGCUAGAGUUCCAGUGACGUUGCUAGCUUCAAUUUACCACCCCGACUUCCACUUCAAAGCGUCAGAGACUCCCCACGGCAAGAUUGGUGCUUUACAAGCUUACGUUGCGCACCGAGACACUGCAGACGAUGUUGGAUCGGGGUUAUUCAGCGUAGCCGAGGUGCAAGCCAUUGCCAUCCUGGACAUUCGUCUAGCCAACCAAGAUCGUCACGGAGGUAACUUGUUGGUAGUGGAACCCGCUCAAACGAUCACACAAACGUCCACGUCGGUGGUGACCAAGUCACUGGCAGGGAAGAAGGUCUCGCUCGUUCCAAUCGACCACGGAGCCUGCCUACCGCGCAUCUCGGCGCUAUCGGAGACCAGCUUCAUGUGGCUACUUUGGCCGCAAUCUAAGCAGCCAUUUUCUCUCGCUGCUCGCGAGUAUAUCGCAGCGUUGGAUGCACACCACGACCUGAAGCUGCUGGAAGAUAAUCUACCGGCGAACUACCCGCUCGAACGCGAGGCUAUACUCACGUUAUUCGUAUGCACAACUCUACUCAAGUUCUGCGCUCUCGAUCGCCACAUGACCGCGUACGAUAUCGGAAUGCUCAUGUGUCGUCAAGGCACAGUGGCCGAGCAAGAAAUGAAGCCAAGUGUUCUCGAGACACUUGUAGCCAAGAGUCUUCGGGACCCAGCAGUGCUCAAGUGUGAGGCACUGCUAAAGCCAGUACAGAAGAUGGCUGCAUUCUCCGACACGAAAUUGAGCCAAGAUAGGGCGUGGACAAACUAUGUAGCCAUCUUCGUAACUACAUUCCGUCGUGAGUUAGUGGCACAUCUUGCAAUCGCCAAGUAACCCUAGAUGUAAGGGAUAUUACUCGUUGCUACUUCCCGAGGUAGUCGAAUAGAUAUUCUCCAAUUGAGUAGCUAUUCGUGCUUGCAUGUCUUGAAGUAAUUCUUGCAACCAACGCGUCAUGGGUACAUCUGCUUGAGGACUCGCAUUGUCAUCUUCUUGCAAAAAUACGCUCGUAAAUUGAG